AUGGCUGCCUUCAUUGCAAAGCAGAUGAUGGGCAAUCAGCUCAAUGCCGUCAAAGGCCAAAUCGGAGGGGAGGGCGAGACCUCAGCCGAGGACAAGGAAGCUGAGGCAGAGGCUGAGGCCGAACGACUUGAAGCCCUCCGCGAAGCCGAGGACCGUCGCAAGGAGAAGCACCGCAAAAUGGAGGAGGAACGCGAAAGAAUGCGUCAGGGCAUCCGGGACAAGUACGGAAUAAAGAAGAAGGAAGAAAUCAAGCCCGAACCCGAGGAAGACAUGGGACCCGCCGGAUUGAAUCGACGGAAGAAGACUCCGGAAGAAAUCGCAGCGGAAAACGAAGCUGCUGAACAAGACGAGCUCACCAAGCUCAAGAACACCAUCGAAACGCAAGUGAACGAACUCAAAACGCAGAUGGAAGGGAAAUGCAGCUUACAGUAGAUGUUGGCGCAGCGAAAUCGCAGAUCGAUGCCGUUCCGUGAUGGGAUCUUGAGUCUCGACUGGGGAAAUCAUCAGAAUCUCAACGAGAGACGAGCAAGCUCGGAAUUCAAACGACCCGAUUGGUCUUCGAAGAAAGUAGAAAUUCGAAAUGAAACUCGAG